GCCUCCGGCGGGGCCAUGCCGCCGCCCCGCAGUACGGCGCCGGGCGCGGAGGGGAGGCCGCCGGCCGCGAUACGUCCCUAGGGUGGCCCCGCAGCUCCCCGUGCCGGAGCGGAGCCGGGGGCGACCGGAGCCGGGCGGACCCACGAGCCGGGAGAGCCGUCGCCUUCCCGUGCGGCCGCUGCGGAGAGGGGGAGCUGCGUUACUGCAGGUGGAGAUUUUGGCGGAGGGGGUGGGGGCCGGGGGAGAUGCCAUUUCUGACCGAAGGAGAUCGCCGGCGAGGAUGAGAUGCAGGUGAGAGAUAGGAUGUUAGCUGGGGAGGCGAGUAUGCGCAGCCCAAUCCUGGCCUGCUGGCAGCCAAUUCUCCUCCUGAUGCUGGGAUCCAUCCUGUCCGGCUCUGCCACGGGCUGCCCUCCGCGCUGCGAGUGCUCUGCCCAGGAGCGUGCUGUGCUGUGCCAUCGGAAGCGAUUCAUGGUCGUCCCAGAGGGGAUCCCAACGGAGACCAGGCAGCUGGACUUGGGUAAGAACCGCAUCAAGACACUCAACCAGGAUGAAUUUGCCAACUACCCUCACCUUGAAGAGCUGGAGCUAAACGAGAACAUUAUCAGUGCCAUUGAACCUGGGGCUUUCAACAACCUCUUCAACCUCAGGACGCUGGGGCUCAGGAGUAACAGACUCAAGCUGAUCCCCUUGGGGGUGUUUACUGGACUCAGCAAUCUUACCAAGCUAGACAUUAGUGAGAACAAAAUUGUGAUCCUCCUAGACUACAUGUUCCAGGACUUGUACAACCUGAAGUCUUUGGAGGUAGGGGACAACGACCUUGUCUACAUUUCCCACCGGGCCUUCAGCGGCCUCAACAGCCUGGAGCAGCUGACCCUGGAGAAAUGCAACCUGACCUCCAUCCCCACGGAGGCCCUGUCUCACCUGCACGGCCUGAUUGUGCUGCGGCUGCGCCACCUGAACAUCAACGCCAUCCGGGAUUACUCAUUCAAGAGGCUGUACAGGCUUAAGGUCCUCGAGAUCUCACACUGGCCCUACUUGGAUACCAUGACAUCCAACUGCCUGUAUGGGUUGAACCUGACCUCCUUGUCCAUCACCCACUGCAACCUGACGUCCAUCCCGUACGUGUCGGUGAGGCACUUGGUUUACCUUCGGUUCCUGAACCUGUCCUACAACCCCAUUGUCACCAUCGAGGGCUCCAUGCUCCAUGACCUGCUCAGGCUGCAGGAGAUCCAGCUGGUGGGAGGGCAGCUCACCACGGUCGAGCCCUUUGCCUUCCGUGGCCUCAAUUACCUGCGCAUCCUGAACGUGUCAGGAAACUUGCUGACCACUCUGGAAGAGUCGGCCUUCCACUCGGUGGGCAACCUGGAGACGCUCAUCCUCGACAACAACCCCUUAGCCUGCGACUGUCGGCUGCUCUGGGUUUUCCGACGGCGAUGGAGGUUGAACUUCAAUAAGCAGCAGCCCACCUGCUCUACCCCUGAGUUCGUCCAGGGCAAGGAGUUCAAAGACUUCCCUGACGUCCUCCUGCCCAACUACUUCACCUGCCGCCGAGCUCGGAUACGGGACCGCAAACCUCAGCAGAUCUUUGUGGACGAAGGCCACACGGUGCAUUUUGUCUGUCGGGCAGACGGGGAUCCGCCACCCGCCAUCAUGUGGCUUUCUCCCCGGAAGCACCUCAUCUCAACCAAAACCAACGGGCGGCUCACUGUCUUCCCUGACGGCACGCUGGAGGUGCGCUACGCUCAGAUCCAGGACAACGGCACCUACCUAUGCAUUGCCAGCAACGCGGGUGGCAACGACACCAUGCUGGCCCACCUGCACGUGCGCAGCUACUCCCCAGACUGGCCCCACCAGCCCAACAAGACCUUCGCGUUCAUCUCCAACCAGCCCAACGAGAGCGAUGCCAACAGCACACGUGCCACCGUGCCUUUUCCCUUUGACAUCAAGACUCUCAUCAUCGCCACCACCAUGGGCUUCAUUUCUUUCCUGGGCGUCGUGCUCUUCUGUCUGGUGCUCCUCUUCCUGUGGAGCCGGGGGAAAGGCAACACCAAGCACAACAUUGAAAUCGAGUACGUGCCACGCAAGUCUGACGCAGGCAUCAGCUCUGCCGAUGCACCGCGCAAAUUCAAUAUGAAAAUGAUUUAACCAGGCAACAAUUUGCAAAUAGUUUUGGUUGGUU